AUGAGUGAAAAGAAAAGCGAACAAAUAUCGGUGCUCAGUGUUGAAGAGGAUACAAUUUAUAUCGACCCAGUCGCUGAAGCUAAGCUUGUACAUAAGCUUGAUCGUACAGUACUCCCAAUUCUUGGGCUUCUUUACUUUAUGGCAGCCUUAGAUCGUUCCAAUAUUGGUAAUUCUGCAGCAGCGGGACUUCAGGAAGCUAUUGGAUUGACUUCAGCCCAACUUUCAAACUGUGUUUCCCUUUUUUUCGUAACCUAUAUUAUUUCCGAAAUUCCUGCAACUCUCUUAUUGCGGAAAGCCAAGCCUCACAGAUUCCUUGCGGCAUUAGGAUUAAUGUGGGCACUUGUUACGAUUGGUAUGACUUUUGUGCUGAGUUAUGGGUCUUUCCUUGCCUGUCGUUUACUCCUAGGUCUUUUUGAAGGUGGUUAUUUCCCAUGUAUUGUGAUUUAUGUUUCAAUCUUCUAUAAGCCAGAAGAGCAAGCUCUUCGUAUGGGUUAUCUUUUGGCAUGUGCAGGUUUUGCAGGUGCAUUUGGAGGGUUGAUUAGUUAUGGUUUAGUUCAAGUCAAGUCAACUAAUACUUAUUUACAAGGUUAUCGUCUUAUCUACCUCGUUGAAGGUUUGAUUACCGUUUGUGCUAUCCCAGUGGUGUACUACUUACUUCCAGAUGAUGAAAAUGUCAAAGUAUUCAACGAGGAAGAACGUGAGUUGAUGCGUCUUCGUACCCUUCAACGUCAACAAUACAUGGGUAAAUCUGACAAAUUUGAAUGGAUUGAAGUUCGUAAGGCGAUUGCAGACCCUAAAACUUAUUUGAGUAUGAUCAUUCAGUUUUGUCUGGACCUUGUGUUAUACGGAUUUCUGACAUUUCUCCCUACGAUUUUGAAGUCUGGGUUGGGAUACCUGACAACUCAAGCACAAUACUUGACUAUCCCAGUCUAUGCCGUUGCUAUAAUAUCCAUCAUUGGAAUUUCAAGAGCUAGUGAUUAUUUGAAAUUACGUGGUCCAUUCAUUGCUGCAGUGGAUCUCAUUGCUGCAAUUGGAUAUAUUAUUCUUAUUGCAUCUUCCAAUAAUGCAGUUAAAUACUUUGCAACCUACCUUAUUGCCAUUUCAUUAUAUGUACAAGCAGGUAUCAAUCUUUCAUGGACUGCUAGUAAUUCCAUGCCGCAUUAUAGAAGAACUUGUGUGGUUGGUGCUAAUCAAACUUUGGGGAAUAUUCUGGGUGCCAUUGCUGGUCAAGUCUACCGUAAAUCUCCAUAUCGCCUUGGUCAUUCAUUUUCUUUGGGAUGUGUUUGUCUUCUGGCGGUUUGUAUUGGACUCAAUACAUUAUGGUUACGUAGACAAAACAAGGUGAAGGAAUUGAUUCUCAGUGGAGAAAAGGAGGAUACCAUGAGUGAAAGAACUGGUGACCACGUUUUAGACUUUAAAUAUUGCUAUUAA